AUGAAAUUCGCCAAAUCUCUCCUCAUAGCAGCGUCGAGCUUCUCUGCGCUCGCAGAGGCCAAUGUACCCGAUCUCCAGGUCCCCGUCAUUGGUUCGGGCAGCAAGGCCGCAAAACAACCCAAUUUCCUCUUCAUUAUCUCCGACGACCAAGAUCUGACGUUGGGGUCUACGGAUUAUACGCCGUUGACGGGCAAGUAUAUUAAAGAGAAGGGGACUUUCUUCCGGAAUCAUUUUGUUACGACGGCGUUGUGUUGUCCGUCGAGAGUUAGUUUGUGGACUGGGCGACAGGCGCAUAAUACGAAUGUGACGGAUGUGCGACCGCCAUAUGGGGGGUAUCCGAAGUUCGUGGAACGCGGAUUCAAUGACAACUUCCUUCCUAUUUGGCUCCAAGAAGCCGGGUAUAACACGUACUAUACCGGGAAGUUGUUCAAUGCGCAUACUGUUACCAACUACGACAAACCUCAUGUUGCUGGCUUUACUGGAUCGGAUUUCUUGCUUGAUCCGUUUACUUACGAUUAUCUCAACUCCACCUACCAGCGCAAUCAUGACCCUCCGGUUAGUUACGAGGGUCGACACACAACUGAAGUGAUCACGGAAAAGGCAUUGGGCUUGCUAGAUGACGCUCUUGAGGGAGAGAAACCGUUCUUUCUGGCGGUUUCGCCGAUUGCACCACAUACAAACGUGAAUUCGUCGACGUUUGGGAGCGGAGCGGCAAUGACGGAGGCAAUCCCGCUUGACAGGCAUAAGGAUCUGUUUCCUGAUGCCAAAGUACCGCGGACUGGGAGCUUUAAUCCGGACGAGCCAAGUGGAGUCAGCUGGAUUCGCGAUCUGCCUCUGCAGGACCAGUCUGUCAUUGAUUACAACGAUCAUUUCUAUCGUCAACGCCUGCGUUCCCUGCAGGGCGUGGAUGAGCUGGUUGAAUCGCUUGUAACCAGUCUCGAGGAGAGCGGCCAACUCGACAAUACAUACAUCAUCUACACAUCCGACAAUGGUUUCCAUAUUGGUCAGCACCGCCUGCCGCCUGGGAAGUCGACAGGAUUUGACGAGGAUAUCCGGGUUCCUUUCUUUAUCCGCGGACCUGGUGUUCCAGAAGGAGUGGUGCAAGACGCAGUCACCACUCAUAUCGAUCUGGCACCGACGUUCUUCGACCUAGCUGGUAUUCCAUUGCGUAAGGACUUUGAUGGAACCCCGAUGCCCAUUCACAAUUCAAUUGAAACCACACACGAGCAUGUCACUGUGGAAUACUGGGGCAAGGCGUUUUUGGAGGGAGAGAAGGGCGGACUUGGUCCCGGUGGCCAAUUCAACGUUCCCCAUAACACCUACAAGUCCGUGCGGAUUAUCGGCGACGGAUAUGACCUGUACUACUCCGUCUUUUGCACUAAUGAGCAUGAAUUAUAUGACUUGACGACUGAUCCCUACGAAAUGAACAAUUUAUAUUCGGACGAUCGCUCGCAACAUAUUCUUGGAUACCCAUUGGAACAUGUCGCAUCCCGACUCGACUCACUAUUGCUCGUUCUCAAAUCAUGCGAAGGCCGCAAUUGCAUCAAACCAUGGAACGUCCUCCACCCCGACGGUUCUGUACAGACCUUGCGCGAUGCCCUUGAUUCGCAGUACAACACUCUCUACCAAGAAACACCAAACGUCGCCUUCGACCGAUGCGAAAACGGCUACAUCGUCGACGCGGAGGGACCACAAGCGGACUUGCUUUACCGCGAUGGCUUGAGCUGGGAGUCGUGGACCUAA